CUCUUCUUCUAGUGCUUCCGCACUGUUCUCGUUGAAACGCCGAAUCCAUGGAACCAAAACCCUAGACCCGCCACCACCCCCUCGAUUCCCGCCGCCGCUAAUCUCCACUCCUCCACAACAACAACAACAACAACAACAACCCCCGCGCGCGUGAUUCUCUCUCUCUCUCAGAGCCUCAACUCCCCCAGGGGCAAAAAUGUCCUCUCUGAGUAGAGAGCUCGUUUUCCUCAUCCUCCAGUUCCUCGAGGAGGAGAAAUUCAAGGAGGCCGUACACAGGCUGGAGCAGGAGUCUGGAUUCUUCUUCAAUAUGAAGUAUUUUGAGGAGAAGGCUCUGCUGGGAGAGUGGGAUGAGGUGGAGAAGUACCUGUCUGGCUUCACCAAGGUCGACGAGAAUCGCUACUCCAUGAAGAUCUUCUUUGAGGUUCGAAAGCAGAAGUAUCUCGAAGCGCUCGACAGGCAGGACAGGGCUAAGGCCGUGGAGAUACUGGUGAAGGAUUUGAGGGUGUUUUCGACAUUUAAUGAGGAGUUGUACAAGGAGAUUACACAUCUGUUGACUCUUGACAACUUCAGAGAGAAUGAGCAGUUGUCGAAAUAUGGCGAUACUAAAUCUGCGAGAAGCAUAAUGCUUGUAGAGCUGAAGAAAUUGAUAGAAGCAAAUCCACUGUUCCGGGAGAAGCUGGUUUUCCCCACUUUGAGGGCGUCGCGCUUGCGGACUUUGAUCAAUCAAAGUUUAAAUUGGCAGCAUCAGCUAUGCAAGAAUCCAAGGCCCAAUCCUGAUAUUAAGACCUUAUUCAUGGACCACUCGUGUUCUCCGCCAAAUGGGGCUCGUGCGUCGACACCAGUUCCUCUUCCAGUUGCAGCUCUUACGAAGCCUUUAACAUAUGCUCCUCUUGGAGCACCUGGUGGACCAUUCCCUCCGGCUGCUGCUGCUGCAGCUGCCAAUGCGAAUGCUUUAGCAGGAUGGGUGUCUAAUGCUAUUACUUCCAUAUCUAUGCACUCAGCUCCAGUCUCUGCUUCACCAUUGCCUGUUCAACUGGGUCAAGUUUCAUCAUUAAAGCAUCCAAGAACACCAUCAACUGGUCUUGGAAUGAUUGAUUAUUCAAGAUCUGAUCACGAACAACUAAUGAAACGCCUGCGGACUGAACAAUCUGUUGAUGAGGUUAGUUAUCCUCCUCAACAUGCUUCGUGGUCACUAGAUGACCUACCAAAAGGUGUAGCUUGCACACUUCGUCAGGGAUCCACUGUUAUGAGCAUGGAUUUCCACCCCUCGCAUCACACGUUACUAGCAGUUGGCUGUACUAACGGAGAAGUUACUCUGUGGGAAGUUGGGUUGCGAGAGAAGCUGGUGUCCAAGCCCUUCAAAGUAUGGGAUAUGGGUGCUUGUUCUAUGCCAUUUCAGGCGGCUAUCGUUAAGGAUUCAACGAUGUCUAUUAGCCGUGUAUCAUGGAGUCCAGACGGAAACUUGUUUGGUGUUGCAUUUUCGAAACAUUUGGUUCAUCUGUAUGCUUAUCAAGGGUCUAAUGAUCUACGCCAGCAUCUGGAGAUUGAUGCUCACAGUGGUGGUGUGAAUGACUUGGCAUUCUCUCAUCCAAACAAGCAAUUAUGUGUUGUAACAUGUGGUGAUGACAAGGUGAUCAAGGUUUGGGAUUUGGCUGGAAGAAAGCUUUUCCACUUUGAAGGUCAUGAGGCACCUGUUUACUCGGUUUGCCCCCACCAGAAGGAGAAUAUUCAGUUUAUAUUUUCAACAGCUGUUGAUGGGAAAAUUAAAGCUUGGCUGUAUGACAAUGUGGGCUCCAGAGUUGACUAUGAUGCUCCUGGGCAGUGGUGCACCACAAUGCUGUACAGUGAUGAUGGAAAUAGAUUGUUCUCAUGUGGGACUAGUAAAGAUGGUGACUCCUACCUGGUUGAAUGGAAUGAAAGUGAAGGUGCAAUAAAGAGGACGUAUAGUGGGUUUGGAAAGAAAUCUACUGGCAUUGCACAAUUUGAUACCACAAGAAAUCACUUUUUGGCUGUUGGUGAAGAUAGCCAGAUAAAGUUUUGGGAUAUGGACAACACCAAUCUUCUUCUUCGUAUAGAUGCUGAUGGUGGACUUCCGCCUGUUCCUCGUUUGAGAUUCAAUAAAGAAGGAAACCUGCUUGUUGUUACCACUGCUGACAAUGGAUUUAAGGUUCUUGCAAAUGCUGACGGUCUUAGAUCCUUGAGAGCAAUUGAAAAUCGAUCUUAUGAAGCAUCAAGAACACCUAUUGAGAUGAAGGUAUCUACUUCGGCCAUGGUUCCAACUAUCAAUCCAGCCAUUAAUAAAGUGGACCGUAUGGAUGCAAGCUCUCCGGCCAGACCUACUCAGAUUCUUAAUGGAGUUGAUCCGAUGGCAAGAAGUGUAGAAAAACGAAGACUAUUAGAAGAUUCAUCUGAUAAAAGUAAACGUUGGGAACUUGCAGAAAUUGUUGAUCCUGUUCACUGUCGAGUGGCUACAAUGCCAGAUAGUAAAGAUCCUGCUAACAAGGUUGCUCGGCUUCUUUACACAAAUUCUGGUGCCGGCAUUCUGGCUCUUGGUUCAAAUGGGGUCCAGAAGCUAUGGAAGUGGAGAAGCAGUGAACAAAAUCCAAGCGGAAAGGCCACCGCUAAUGUCGUUCCGCAACAUUGGCAACCCAACAGUGGUCUUUUGAUGACUAAUGAUGUCCCAGAAAACUGUGAGGAAGCAGUUCCAUGUAUUGCGCUCUCAAAGAAUGAUUCCUAUGUGAUGUCUGCCUGUGGUGGAAAAGUAUCUCUGUUUAAUAUGAUGACAUUUAAGGUAAUGACAACUUUUAUGUCACCUCCACCAGCCUCAACCUUUUUGGCAUUUCAUCCUCUGGAUAAUAAUAUCAUAGCAAUCGGAACAGAAGAUUCAAGUAUCCACAUUUACAAUGUUAGAGUUGAUGAGGUCAAAUCAAAAUUGAAAGGCCACCAGAAGCACAUCACUGGAUUAGCGUUUUCUGUUAACCUUAUGAUCAUGGUUUCAUCAGGUGCUGAUGCUCAACUAUGCUUUUGGAACAUGGAUACGUGGGAUAAGAGAAAAUCACUGACAAUUCAACUGCCAGCCGGAAAGGCGCCUGUUGGUGACACGCAAGUGCAAUUCUAUUCUGAUCAAACGCGGUUGUUGGUAUGCCAUGAGAGUCAACUAGCGUUAUAUGAUGCUGCUAAAGCAGAAUGCAUCCGACAGUGGCUGCCGCAAGAUGUACUGCCAGCACCAAUAACAUGUGCAGCAUAUUCCCCCAAUAGUCAACUAGUUUAUGCUGGUUUUACCGAUGGCAAUAUUGGAGUAUUUGAUGCUGAUAGUCUGAAACUAAGAUGCCGUAUUGCCAUGUCAGUGUACUUGACACAAGCUUCCCCAAGCAGCCAAACCGUGUACCCGCUAGCUCUUACAGCACAUCUGCAGGAGCCAUAUCAAUUUGCCGUUGGACUGACGGAUGGGUCUGUUAAAGUUAUAGAGCCCUCAGACACUGAGGGGAAGUGGGGAGUUACAGUGCCUGUCGAUAACGGAGCACAGAACGGGUGGACAACAACAUCUUUGUCUAACAAUCCUGCUUCUUAGUUAGCAGCCCCGGCGAGAGAUUCUAUGUCUAUUUCCUUGUAUUGAUUUGUAUUCCAUUCGUGUUAGUGUAGCAGACUUGUAGGUUGGUGAUCCACAUGUAUAUGUGCUUCACCAAAUGUGUGAGCAAUUAGAGAUCUAAUGGUUAGGGCAAAAAUUUAUGUAUAUACAUGUGUUAAUUAUUUGUUCAAAUAUAUGGUUCCUUUCUUC